AUGUCUGAAGUAGCUGCCGACACUUUCCCCAGCCCCUCAGCUCAGCUGAGCCCUGAUGCGUCCCUCAACGGGCUCCCGGAUGAGGAGAACAUGCCGGGGACCCAAAGAGAGGACAGGAGGGUCCAGGGGAUAGCAGGCCUUGCCGCAACCUGCUGUGUGUGCCUGGAGGCAGAGCGACUGAAGGGCUGCCUCAACUCUGAAAAGAUCUGCAUCGCCCCUAUCUUGGCUUGCCUGCUUAGCCUUUGCCUCUGCAUUGCUGGUCUCAAGUGGGUCUUUGUGGACAAGAUUUUUGAGUAUGACUCUCCUACCCACCUUGACCCUGGGAGGAUAGGACAAGACCCAAAGAGUGCUGUGGAUCCUACAGCUCUGUCUGCCUGGGUGCCUUCGGAGGUGUAUGCCUCACCCUUCCUCGUACCUAGCCCCAAGAGCCAGGCUGAAGUGACAGUGCACAGUGACAGCUCACUUGUACCCUCCAAACCGUUCCUCCAGCCUUCUCUAUAUAACCGCAUCCUAGAUGUUGGGUUGUUGUCCUCUGCCGCACCUUCGCUGUCACCACCCGCCCUGGAGCCUACCACAGCAUCUCAGGCACAAGCAACAGAAACCAAUCUCCAAACUACUCCAAAACUUUCCACUUCCACAUCUACAACUGGGACAAGUCAUCUCACAAAAUGUGACAUAAAGCAGAAAGCCUUCUGUGUAAAUGGGGGAGAGUGUUACAUGGUUAAAGACCUCCCAAACCCCCCAAGAUACCUGUGCAGGUGCCCAAAUGAAUUUACUGGUGAUCGCUGCCAAAACUACGUAAUGGCCAGCUUCUACAAGCAUCUUGGGAUUGAAUUUAUGGAAGCUGAGGAACUGUACCAGAAACGGGUGCUGACCAUAACUGGCAUUUGCAUUGCUCUUCUAGUAGUUGGCAUCAUGUGUGUGGUGGCCUACUGCAAAACCAAGAAGCAGAGGAAAAAGCUGCAUGAUCGCCUUCGUCAGAGCCUGCGCUCGGAAAGGAACAACGUGAUGAACAUGGCCAAUGGGCCGCACCACCCCAACCCACCACCCGAUAACGUCCAGCUCGUCAAUCAGUACGUUUCGAAAAAUGUAAUCUCCAGUGAGCAUGUCAUCGAGCGAGAAACAGAGACCUCGUUUUCUACAAGCCACUACACCUCAACAACACAUCACUCUGUGACAGUCACCCAGACAUCUAGCCACAGCUGGAGCAAUGGCCACACUGAAAGCAUCCUCUCUGAAAGCCACUCGGUGCUCGUCAGUUCCUCCAUGGAGAACAGCAGGCACGCCAGCCCAGCAGGGCCCCGGGGCCGUCUCAAUGGCAUCGGUGGGCCACGGGAAGGGAACAGCUUCCUCCGGCAUGCCAGGGAGACCCCCGAUUCCUACCGAGACUCUCCUCACAGUGAAAGGUAUGUCUCAGCUAUGACCACACCAGCUCGCAUGUCACCCGUUGAUUUUCACACUCCAACUUCUCCCAAGUCCCGUCCGUCCACGACGUCACCCCCGGCUUCCAGCCUGACCAUCUCCAUCCCUUCCGUGGCAGUGAGUCCCUUCAUAGAAGAAGAGCGACCUCUGCUCCUGGUGACUCCACUGCAGCUGCAUGAGAAGUACGACCACCACCUUCAGCAAUUCAACUCCUUUCACCACAAUGCCACCCAUGAGAGCAGCAGCCUGCCACCAAGUCCUCUGCGGAUCGUGGAGGAUGAGGAGUACGAGACCACGCAGGAGUACGAACCAGCACAGGAGCCUCCAAAGAAACUCACCAACAGCCGGAGGGUCAAAAGAACAAAGCCCAACGGCCACAUUUCCAGCAGGGUGGAAGUGGACUCUGACACAAGCUCUGAGAGCAGCAGCUCUGAGACCGAAACGGAAGAUGAAAGAAUAGGUGAGGAUACACCAUUCCUGAGCAUACCGAACCCCGGGGCAGCCGGUCUGGAGCCAGCCGCUGCCUUCCGGCUGGCUGAAACCAGGACUAACCCGGCAAAUCGCUUCUCCACACCAGAAGAGUUACAAGCAAGGUUGUCCAGUGUGAUAGCUAACCAAGACCCUAUUGCUGUAUAAAACAUAAAACACAUAGAUUCACAUGUAAAACUUUAUUUUAUAUAAUGAAGUAUUCCACCUUUAAAUUAAACAAUUUAUUUUAUUUUAGCAAUUCCGCUGAUAGAAAACAGGAGGGGAAGAAAACUUUUAUAAAUUAAAUAUACGUAUGUACAAAUGUGUUAUGUGCCAUAUGUAGCAAUUUUUUACAGUAUUUCAAAAAUGGGGAAAGAUAUCAAUGGUGCCUUUAUGUUAUGUUAAGUUGAGAGCAAGUUUUGUACAGUUACAAUGAUGGCUGUCCCAUAGUAUUUUGCAAAACCUUUUAGCCCUCAGUUGUCCUAGCUUUUUGUGCACUGCAUUAUAAUGACUGGAUGUAUGAUUUGCAAGAAUUGCAGAAGUCCCUCUGGUCGCUUGCUGUAGAGUCUCGAAAUCAGAAAGCCCUGUAAUGGCACUCUCACCCUACUCCACCAGAAAAACACACAUAUACACACACACAGAGUCAGAAAGGAAAAAAAAAAGAUUAAAAAAAAAAGAUAAAAAAAGUAAAAAAAAAAAAAAAAAAGUUUCUUAUAUGAGAACUUUUAUUUGCUUUCCGUAUAUGAGAUGAGUUUUGUCUGCUCUCUGCCAGCAAAAGGUUUGCUUCUUUGAGCACUGGGAUAAUAGUAGAUCCAACAGCAUGCUACUAUUAAUUACAGCAGGAUAACAAAAAACAUACAAACAAAAAAAAAGCCAACCUGCAUUAAGUAAUUUAACUUAUAGAAAGAAAGUAAUACUGUGAUUUUAAACCAAAUAUAUUAUUAAUCAGAGGUUAGCUUGUAAUCACUAGGAGCUGCCAUUUCAUUAUUUUCCAGAUAUUAAUUGUUCUAGUUAUCCCUUAGGAAAUGGGUUUAAGUUAGCUGAGGCUUUGAACCCAAUACUCUAUUCAAACAAAAAAAGAAAAAAAAAGAAGAAAAAAGGAAAAAAAAAAAAAAGAGAAAACAUUUAUAUUAGUUUAUGUUAAUGGGGCAAAUAUAAUAGAUAUCUGUAAUCAAGCAAGGAAGAGAUCUAGCUGGAAAACAAAUGCCACUAAUAAAAGUGCAAUCAGUUUUCACCUCUA